GCUUGAACGAGUCAAGGCUGGGAUGAAGAACGGGGUAAACGGACCAUUUCAGUUGCAUGAAGACGGGAGUAUCCGCUAUAAGGGUAGGUGGUGUGUCCCGACGAAGUGUGAGCACAUUAAAAAGCAAAUCAUGGAGGAAGGACACAACACGCCCUAUUCGGUACACCCGGGAGGAGACAAAUUGUAUAAAGAUUUGAAGCAAAACUUCUGGUGGCCGAGAAUGAAAAUCGAGGUGGCGGAGUUCGUGGCACGAUGCUUAAACUGUCAAAAAGUGAAAGCCGAGAGGUGCAAGCCCAAGGGACUCGUGCAACCCUUGGAGGUGCCAACGUGGAAGUGGGACUCUAUCUCGAUGGACUUUGUCGGGGGUUUACCCUUAACAACGUCCGGGAAAGAUAAGAUUUGGGUGAUUGUUGAUAGAUUGACCAAGACCGCCAGGUUCAUUCCCAUGAAUGAAACUUGGAGCAUGGAUAAGCUAGCGAAAGCCUACAUCAAGCAUGUGGUGAAGUAUCAUGGUGUACCCCGAGAUAUUGUAUCUGACAGAGACUCCAGAUUCCUAUCUCAAUUCUGGAGGGAACUUCAAGCUGCUAUGGGGACCACUUUGAAACUGAGCACAGCAUUCCAUCCUACUACGGACGGUCAGACCGAGAGGACUAUUCAGACACUUGAGGAUAUGCUGAGAGCCUGUGUGCUGGACUUGCAAGGAUCAUGGGACGAACACUUAGACCUAAUAGAGUUCUCGUACAAUAACAGUUACCACGCGAGCAUUAAGAUGGCUCCGUACGAGGCUCUAUACGGUCAAAAGUGUCGAAGUCCAUUGUGUUGGGGCGAUAUGGUAGACCAGGUUGUCUUAGGGCCGCAAUACUUGCAAGACACGAUGGAGAAGAUCAAACUCAUUCAGGCAAGGAUGAAGGCAGCGCAAGAUAGACAAAAAUCAUAUGCGGACCUAGGAAGAAAACCAGCUGAAUUUGAGGUGGGAGAGAAAGUACUUCUCAAGGUCUCUCCUACUAAAGGCGUUAUGAGAUUCGGGAAGAAGGGCAAGCUGAGUCCUCGAUUCAUCGGACCUUACGAAAUUCUAGAGAAGGUGGGAAGAGUGGCUUACAGAUUGGCUCUACCCACAGAAUUGAGUAAGGUACACGACGUAUUCCAUAUAUCCCAACUGAAGAAGUAUGUCCGUGAUGAGGCGCAUAUCCUAAACCCAGAGGUGAUCGAGUUGGAUGAAACCUUGACGUAUGAAGAGAGACCUGUGAAAAUCUUAGACACGAAGACACGUGAAACUCGGAGAAAGGCCAUUCGAAUGGUCAAAGUUUUGUGGUCAAAUCACUUGGCUGAAAACGCCACAUGGGAGACGGAGGAUGACAUGAGAAAACGUUAUCCUGAGCUAUUUAGUCAAG